CGCCAAAUCUUAAAGGCAGACCACGCAAAAAGAAGCCUUGCCCACAGAGAAGAGAUUCAUUAAAUAGCAUCAAGGAUUCCAACAAUAAUUCUGAAAGCAAAGCUGUUGCCAAGGUAAAAUGUGAGGCUAAGUCAGCUUUGCCCAAACCCAAGAGUAACAACAGCAACUGUAAAAAAGGCUCAAGUGAGGAUAAGUCAAAGAUUGCCGUAGGUGAAGAAUGCAGAGCUGAUGAGCAGGCUUUCCUUGUGGCUCUUUAUAAAUAUAUGAAAGAAAGGAAAACACCAAUUGAACGAAUACCCUAUUUAGGUUUUAAACAGAUUAACCUUUGGACUAUGUUUCAAGCUGCUCAAAAACUGGGAGGAUAUGAAACAAUAACAGCCCGUCGACAAUGGAAACAUAUUUAUGAUGAAUUAGGUGGUAACCCUGGAAGCACAAGUGCUGCUACAUGUACUCGCAGACAUUAUGAAAGAUUAAUCCUGCCAUAUGAAAGAUUUAUUAAAGGAGAGGAAGAUAAGCCACUGCCUCCAGUGAAACCUCGAAAACAGGAUAACAGUUCCCAGGAGGGUGAAGCGAAAACAAAAGUGUCUGGAACAAAACGCGUCAAAAAUGAAAACCAAAAGAGCAAGAAGGAAAAAGAUAAUGCACAGAAACCCCAAGAUGCAUCUGAGGUUCCAUCAGAACAAGAGAAGGAUCAGGAAGCAGCGGACCAGAAAAAUUUUCCUGAGCAUCCUGCAGUGAGAGAGGUGAAACAACCCGUGCAAGGCCCUGCAUCUCUUUUACCAGAGACAGCUCGGCCACUGCCUCUGGAAAAGACAGACCUGACAGAAAAUGGCACGAACAAUGAGAAGGCCAAGGAGGAGGCUGAGCACUCGUCCUCCUCCUCAAGCAUAUCCAUGCCCCCAGAAGAAGACACCAUGCUGGAUGUCACUGUCACGAAGCGAUCACACCCCCCGGCAGAUGCCCUGGAAGACACAAAGCCUGAACAAAGAGUGCACAAAGCUUUUACUGACAGCUUAGAAAGUGAACCUCCAGAGAUGCCCUUCACGGCCUUCCCGGAGCAGCUGCCCCCUCAGAGUGACGUGGAAGAUGACAAAUUGCCAGAGAUGGCCGACUACAUCGCCAACUGCACGGUGAAAGUGGACCAGCUGGGAAACGAAGAUAUCCACAAUGCACUAAAGCAAACGCCCAAAGUACUGGUGGUCCAGAACUUCGACAUGUUCAAGGAGAAGGAGCUGCCCGGGUCCAUGAACGAUGACUCCACCUUCGGUUACACGCCGCUACUCUACUCGAAGGGUAACCCGGGCAUCAUGUCACCCCUGGCAAAGAAGAAGCUGCUGUCGCAGGUCAGUGGGGCAGCCCUGUCGUGUAGCUAUCCGUAUGGCUCUCCUCCACCUUUGAUCAGCAAAAAGAAACUGAACAGCAGAGAUGAACUGUCCUCAAGCGUAUCACACGGUCCGCAUGCCCCUAGUUCUGAUCCCGUAGCAAUUAAUCGUCCCUCCGUCAUACAACAUGUACAGAGUUUUAAAACCAAGGAUGAAAGGAAAUCAAUUAAUGACAUUUUUAAGCAUGACGUGCUAAGUAAACCGGAUCCUCAGCGCUGUGAUUUUUCAAAACAUCACCUCAGUUCUCUUGCCGAGUCAUACGUUCCGAAGACGGAUAUCCAGGACUGCAAAGAUAAAAUGAGUGAGAAAAGGGCACUGCAGCACUCCCAUGUGCCCGCUUUCUUGGCAGAUUUUUAUUCAUCACCUCAUCUGCACAGCCUUUAUAGGCACACAGAACACCACCUUAAUAAUGAACAGACAUCAAAGUACCUCCCCCGGGACAUGUUCAGAGAAUCUGAAAGUAUUUCUACUUUUACUCAACACAAACACCCAGAAAAGCGAAAUUUAACUUAUUGCCCACCUUUGCAUCAGCAAGAAAAAAAGGCAGCCAUGGAGGCCUCUUCAGAUGAUCAGCCAACAGAUUUGAGUCUUCCCAAGAGCAUGCACAAACAGACUGCAAAGGUGUUGGGCUCCAGCCACCCUCACUCAUCCGUGGCGCAGCAAGAAGGCAAAGGUAUCUCCCCGUUCCAGGCUACCAGCCUGGACUGUAACCCCAAAGCCUGCCGCGUGUCCCCCAUGGCCAUGACAGCCCCGAAAAAACACAGCGAGUUGCUCCACAGGUCUGGCAAGCAGCAGGCCCAGAGGCUGGAGAAUCUGAGGAGGAUGGAGGGGAUGGUGCAUCCUAUCAUCGGCCGCAGAGCGAGCCCUCAAAGCGUGGGGGCUGCCCGGCCUUUGAAACGGAGCCUGGAGGAUUUGGACAAAGUCAUUUCUGAAAAAAAAAUCCGAGCUGUCUCUCCUCUGCACUUGCCAAAGGAGACCCCGGCGAAAGACAAGGGUCCCGACCCCGAAGGGGAAGGCAGCAAGCCGGUGCAUGGCCUCCAUUCUGGCGGCGUGCUGGAAAGCCACAAAUUCCCCCUUUCAGCCCCCAUCUUCCCAGGCUUGUAUCCGGGAAGCCUGUGCACAGGGCUCAACAAUCGCCUCCCACCCGGGUAUUCUCAUCCCCUGCAGUACUUGAAAAAUCAGACCGUGCUCUCCCCGCUAAUGCAGCCGUUGGCUCUUCACUCCUUCAGGGUGCAGAGACAAUUCCUCACGUCCCCUGCAAACUCUCAGCAACUGUACAGACACUUAGCUGCAGCAACACCCGUAGGAAGCUCCUACGGUGACCUUUUGCAUAACAGCAUUUAUCCUUUAGCUGCUAUAAACCCUCAAGCCGCCUUCCCACCUUCCCAGCUAUCCUCAGUACAUCCCAGCACAAAACUGUAAACCCCUUUCGCUCGCAAAAAAAGGUCUGAGAGGAGAAGAGUUCAGCUGGUGACAUUCCUCCCCCUGUGACGAUGUCUCGCAGGUUUGGCCGCCUGCGUCUUUGCCAGCCGGGCGGCAGUCGUGUCCCGCCUCGAGGAGCGCCUCAGAGCCCCGUGGAGACGGGACUGCUGCUUUAAUUCGGGCUCCCACGUCAGCCCCCUCACCCCUUAGCC